AUGACUGCCAGCCGCUUCUUAGAUUCGAAGCCUGCGCGUGAAGAGUUCGAAGGCGUCCUGGCCUCCGGCGUGCAGCAAGUGGUCCUGGCUAUGCAACGAAAUCCCAGCAGCGCCAAAUUAUUUGCCUGGGGCUGCAGGGCUUUCGCGGCUUUAGCACUUCGACCUCCAGCGCCGCCACUGGAUUCACACUCGGGUGCUUCCUCGGACAAUAAUUAUUGUGCAGGAAGUAGCAACAAUUGCACAGCGAGCCAACCUACCCUGGACAAGUUCUUCAUCUUGUUGGACAGCAGCAUCGCCUGCGAGACCAAAGAUCGAAGAUCUCUUAGUGCGGAAGGUGCUGCUGCUGCGUUGGGAAACGACGUACCUUUGUGGCUGUUUGUGAUUCGCAGCUUCCUUGCCUUGGUUCCUCGAGAGGAUAGCUCCUCGAAAACGGGAGUGCCCAUCGCCCCUGGAGCGCUUCGGGAGAGUGGACUAUGUGCUCUGGGAGCUAUGCGGCUCUUGUGCGACCAUGCGGACGCAUCCACCGCGGCUAUGAAGGAGAUCCUCAAGGUCCUCCCCGGCGCCCCCGCGCCGUUGCUGGCGUGGGCCUGCAGCGCCUUGACGGUGCUGAGUUGUGAUGGCAGACACUUUGCGGAGAUGAUCCUGCAGGCAUCUAUAACCGUGAACUCCAAGAGAGCUAGUUCCGAGUCCCUUUUGCCCAGUCUGAGCAACUUGCUCUUGGCUGCGGCACGCGGCACCAAACAAUUGCAAGGCGUUCCAAGCCGACCACCUGGCAGUGGAAUGGCGGCAGAGAUGGCGAAUGGCUUGUUGUCCAGCUUGCGGAAGCUGCCGGCAGCAGCGCGAAACGGCGCUGGAGGUGGAAGCACAGCACCAGAUGGCAACUCCCGAGGAAGGGCUACCCUUCGCGACGGGCACAUUGCAGUUGGCGACGUGGUCAAGCUUCAUAACGAUUUGGAGCGUGCGAAGAGGGAACAGGAGCCACCAGAGCAUUUUGGAGGAUGGUGUGACAGGAUGGCCUUUUGCCUAGACUUCCCAGGACGCGUCGUCGAAAUUCCGCGACGGUCCCCACGCAUGCCUGAGGUCCUGCGUAUUUCUCAUGGAGCCUUGGGAUGUUGGUGCUGGAACGCCAAGGCAGUGGCUGAGGUCAUUACAGAUACCGACCUUCUUCCAUUUGAAGAAGAUGAGUGCGGCCCGGGUGCAGCGCUGACCAUCGGAGAUGAGGUUCGGAUCGAUGUGACGGUGGAGGAGGCGAAACAGCUGCAGGUCAACCAUGGUGGAUGGAACGAUCGCAUGACGCAGUGCUGUGGACGCGUGGGACGCUUGGAAGCCAUCGACAAAGCCGGUGACAUGAAGGUCCUGGUCCCCGGGGCUGGUGCCUUCGUGUGGAAUCCUCGCGCCUUGCGUUCGCUGCACGCGCAGAGGUGGGAAUCUGCUUUAUGCGAGAGAUUGUCAGGGUCCAUGGAAGGAACGCUUCCCUUGGCCCUGCUGGCGGCCUUAUCUUGCCUGGGCAGUCGUUUAGACUCUGAUGGUUUGAAGGCAGCCACUGCAGAGUUGAUUGCAGAU